AUAUUUAUUUAUAUAGAUAUUCUUCUCUUUCUCCGACCGGUGGGUGUUCGAAAGCAGACCAUCAGCUUCUCUAAUCUCCGUGAUCCAAAACAGAAGAAGAAGUUUCUUUUUCAGUGCUUGAGGAUCUGCAACAAGUAUCCAGCUGAGAUUUUCAACAAUGGUUUUACUACAGUUGGAUCCGUUUCUGAAUGAACUCACGAGCAUGUUCGAGAAAAGCAAAGAGAAAGGUUCUGUGUGGGUCACUUUGAAAAGAUCAUCUUUGAAGUCUAAGCUGCAGAAGAGGAAACUGAGCGCUGCUGGAGAAUCCAUAGAGUACAGAUGCCUUAUUCGAGCUACUGAUGCUAAGAAAACUAUUUCUACUUCGGUUGGUGCCAAGGAUCACCAGAGAUUUCAAGCAUCAUAUGCCACCAUUCUUAAAGCUCACAUGACUGCUUUGAAGAAGAGGGAGAGGAAAGACCGGAAGAAAUCCACAGAAGCAGACAAGAAAGAAAGCACUUCUUCAACCACUACUAAACCCAAGAAACUUUGAUCUUCUCUUUUUUUUUUCUUUUGUAUUCUCAUUUGAUUUGCAGUUGUUGCUUAUAAAUUGAAUUUUGAAAAGAUAUUAAUCAUUUAUUGAAAAGCCUGAAGACAAACCUAAAAAGGAAACCUUAAUUGUGAUUAUGAAUCUCUUCAAGUAACAAAAGCGACACUGACAAGGGUGUUUAAUCGAACUGUUGUUCAUCAGUCUUUGAGUCGACAUAAGCCUUGAGGACUUGCUUGUACUUGUCGGGACUGUCGUACCAGGUAGGCGUGUUGAUGAUCGCCUUCUCUAGCCAGUACUCGUCAUACUCUCUCGGCUUCGACAUGGUCUCCAUGAAUCUAUUCCAACCAUCCAAGGCUCGUGUCAACCGAACAGUCUUAGGCUUUCCCGUAAGAAACCUAAAGUAAUCUCUCGCAAGCUUCAUCAACUCCUCCCCAUUGAUAAUGUAAGUGUAC